ACAUCCCACAGGCUGACUGUGCUCGGUGCAGAGUCGGAAGGAAGGAGGACGGACUGUUUGUUCAAGUUCCCAAGUUUAAUUCAAACAUCCAGUGGACAGUGUAGACAGGACGUCAGGGAACAUGGCCAAGCCGCUCACAGACCAGGACAAGAGGAAGCAAAUCUCGGUCCGUGGCCUGGCCGGGGUGGAGAAUGUUGCCGACCUGAAAACUAAUUUCAACCGACACCUCCACUUCACCCUGGUGAAGGACCGAAAUGUGGCCACCAAGCGGGACUACUAUUUUGCCCUGGCCAACACAGUCCGAGACCACCUGGUGGGCCGCUGGAUCCGGACGCAGCAGCAUUACUAUGAGAAAGACCCUAAACGUGUCUACUACCUCUCCCUGGAGUUUUACAUGGGCCGGACUCUGCAGAACACCAUGGUUAAUCUCGCUUUGGAGAAUGCCUGUGAUGAAGCCACAUACCAGCUGGGUCUGGACAUGGAGGAGCUGCAGGACAUCGAGGAAGAUGCCGGUCUAGGCAAUGGCGGGCUGGGUCGUCUGGCUGCCUGUUUCCUGGACUCCAUGGCAUCUCUGGGUCUGGCCGCUUAUGGAUAUGGAAUCCGCUAUGAGUUCGGCAUCUUCAAUCAGAAAAUUGUCAAUGGCUGGCAGGUGGAAGAAGCCGAUGACUGGCUGCGUUACGGUAACCCCUGGGAGAAGGCUCGGCCCGAGUACAUGCGCCCGGUCCAUUUCUAUGGCAGAGUGGAACAUACAGCUGAUGGAGUGAAGUGGGUCGACACACAGGUGGUCCUGGCUCUUCCCUAUGACACCCCAGUGCCCGGCUACAGAAACAACAUUGUCAACACCAUGAGACUGUGGUCUGCCAAGGCUCCAUGUGACUUCAACCUCAAAGACUUUAAUGUUGGCGGCUACAUCCAAGCUGUGCUGGAUCGAAACCUGGCAGAGAACAUCUCCAGAGUUCUCUACCCCAAUGACAAUUUCUUUGAAGGGAAGGAGCUGCGUCUCAAACAGGAGUACUUUGUCGUAGCUGCAACUCUUCAAGACAUCGUCCGACGAUUCAAGGCCUCCAAGUUUGGCUCCACAGAGUUUGUGCGGUUGGACCUUUCUACACUGCCAGACAAGGUGGCCAUCCAGCUGAACGACACUCACCCUGCUAUGGCCAUCCCUGAGCUGAUGAGGAUCCUGGUGGACAUGGAGAAACUCACUUGGGAGAAGGCCUGGGACAUCGUGGUCCGUACCUGUGCCUACACCAACCACACCGUCCUGCCUGAGGCUCUGGAGCGCUGGCCCGUUGACCUCUUCCAAAACCUCCUGCCUCGUCACCUGGAGAUCAUCUACGAGAUCAACAGAAGGCACCUGGAGCGCAUCGCUAAGCUUUACCCAGGCGACUUCGAUCGCAUGCGCAGAAUGUCGCUGAUCGAGGAAGGGGACGUCAAGAAAAUCAACAUGGCUCACCUGUGCAUCGUGGGAUCUCACGCUGUCAACGGAGUGGCUCGUAUCCACUCGGAAAUCAUCAAAGACACAGUGUUCAAGGAUUUCUACGAAGUCGACCCUAAGAAGUUUCAGAACAAGACCAACGGUAUCACACCCCGGCGCUGGCUGGUCAUGUGCAACCCUGGUCUGGCUGAGGUCAUCGCUGAGAGGAUUGGUGAGGACUACAUCCGCGACCUGGACCAGCUGAAGAAUCUUCUGGACUUUGUCGACGAUGACGCCUUCAUUCGAGACGUCGCCAAAGUCAAACAGGAGAACAAGAUGAAGUUUGCCGCCUAUCUGGAAGAGCAGUACAAGGUGAAGAUCAACCCCAACUCCAUGUUUGACGUCCACGUGAAGAGGAUCCACGAGUACAAGAGACAGCUGCUCAACUGCCUCCACAUCAUCACCCUGUACAACCGCAUCAAGAAGGAACCCAACAAGUCGUGGACCCCCAGAACAGUCAUGAUUGGAGGAAAGGCGGCUCCAGGUUACCACACUGCCAAGAUGAUCAUCAAGCUGAUCACAUCGAUCGGAGACAUCAUCAAUAAUGACCCAGUGGUGGGAGACCGCCUGAAGGUCAUCUUCCUGGAGAACUAUCGCGUCACUCUGGCUGAGAAGGCCAUCCCUGCAGCGGACCUGUCGGAGCAAAUCUCCACAGCAGGCACCGAGGCCUCCGGCACCGGGAACAUGAAGUUCAUGCUGAACGGCGCCCUCACCAUCGGCACCAUGGACGGAGCCAACGUGGAGAUGGCAGAGGAGGCCGGAGAGGAGAACCUCUUCAUCUUUGGCAUGAGGGUUCCUGAUGUUGAGGCUCUGGACAAGAAAGGCUAUGACGCUGUGUCGUACUACAACCGCAUCCCAGAGCUGAAGCAGGCCAUGGACCAGAUAUCAGGAGGCUUCUUCAGCCCCGACCAGCCCGGCCUUUUCAAAGACCUCGUCAAUAUGCUGAUGCACCAUGACAGGUUCAAGGUGUUUGCAGACUACGAAGACUACAUCAAAUGCCAAGAGAAGGUCAACGUGCUCUACAAGAACCCCAAAGAGUGGACCAAGAUGGUGAUCCAUAACAUCGCCGGUUGUGGUAAAUUCUCCAGCGAUCGCACCAUCUCCCAGUAUGCCAGGGAGAUCUGGGGCAUGGAGCCCAGCCUGGAAAAGAUCGCUGCUCCCGAUGAUCCUCGCUAAAGCACCACAUCUCCUCCACCUCUCUGUAGCCCGCCACGUGGUCCAGCCGCCGGAGAUCAACCCUGUAGCUUCUUCACUGUGCACUGUGGCAUUAUUUCUCCACUUUACUGAUCCCCAUACUGCCUCUACGACUUGCACUUCCUCUGGCACUAAUAUGUAUCCAAAUGGGCUUAUUCAGAAUCUGUAUUAGUUUUCCCUGUGUGCACCAGCAAUACAUAUUCUCACUGUUGAGUGAAAACCUUGCAUCUCCACCUCAGAGUUUUGUCAAAGUGCCCAGUACGCCCCUUAUUUUCCAAAAUGUCCUCACCACUGAUGUUUGAGAAUUCAAGGUCAAACGAGUGUUAUACCAGGGUGUGAUCUUCCAGCAGACCUGGACUUCCAUAUUCUGGUUUUCACACAACAGUGAUGUCCUGACUACAUUGCCCUUCUACUUCCGAGCCUUGACGGCGACUAAAACCCAGCAAAAAUGCCAACAGACCUCAGAACUGUGUUGGUUCCAGACCAGCCCGCGUCUUCCACGACUGAGAGCCUCGACGCAGCACUGUGACUGGACGGUGUUGGAUGGAAGCCAUGUCUCCAUAUUCACAGCUGAUCAACCUCCAUAUCAAUAUCUCACUGCCCUGUCAGUGUUUGUGUUCUCUGGUGUUUGCUGAAUGUAUUUGUGUUGUCGGUGAUGGUCAGAGGAGCCCUGCAUCGACCCGUCAGUUUACCUGUGACCUCCUCAGCAUGUUUGUGCGUCUCUCUGUCCCUAAAGUGUCCUGUGUUAGAAAAUAACCAAGCCUCUUCUGCCUAAAACCUAAGUGACUGAACUUCUCUCGAAGGUGUGUGUUCUCUGUAGUGUAGCUGUGUGUGUUUAACAUAGGACGUGUCUAUGACGCUGUGGAUCUCAGUCUGAUUGAUGUACUGUAACAGCAUCCUGUCUGACUGCAGGAGGAGCUGUCACUGGAGCUAAUGUUUCCACUGUCAGUCAGAGCUUUUCUUCUUCUUUAGUCAAUAAAUGACUAAAAACAG